GGACAUUGUCGAGAGAGGAGAAAGAGCGGGGAGAGUAGCUGCGAGGUUCUCAAGCAGAAGAAGGCUGCUCCUGCUCCCUUAGACUUCGGGAAGCCACAUUUCAUCUGCGACAGAUAAAAAAGAAGGGGGGGCCACCCACUUCAGUUAUACGACGCCUAACGGAUUAGGCGGGAAAGAGGCACUGUGGGGCCAGAACUCGCGAGCAUCCGGCGCUGCGCUUCCUCGGAGGAGGAGGAGGACGAGGAGGGCGGGGCUGGAUCUCUACCCUUUUCCCAUGUGAGGCGCCCAGAACAGCAAGUUCAGCGCCGAGGGAAAGGGAGGUGAAGCCGGGGGCUCUGGGAGACGGAGAGCCUGCUGAGGGCGCGGUCGCCGCAGCACCAUGGAGGGGAGCCCCAUCCCGGUGCUGACCGUGCAGACGGUCCCGUACCAAGACCAGAAGCCGACGGGCGGCGGGGGUCUGAGGAGGCCCACGACCGUCUUCGAGAGCCAGCGCAACUACCUGCCCAACUUCGUGCAGAGCGUGCUCUCGUCCAUUGACCUGCGCGACCGCCAGGGCUGCACCAUGGUGGUGGGCAGCGACGGCAGGUACUUCAGUCGGACAGCCAUCGAGGUGGUGGUGCAGAUGGCGGCGGCCAACGGGAUUGGAAGAUUGGUUAUUGGGCAGAAUGGCAUCUUAUCCACCCCCGCUGUAUCAUGCAUUAUCAGAAAGGUCAAAGCAGCUGGAGGGAUUAUUCUGACAGCUAGUCACUGUCCUGGAGGACCUGGCGGAGAAUUUGGAGUUAAGUUUAAUGUUGCCAAUGGAGGACCAGCGCCAGAUGCUGUUUCUGAUAAGAUCUACCAGAUCAGCAAAACUCUUGAAGAAUAUGCCAUUUGUCCUGACUUAAGAAUUGACUUAUCUCGGCUAGGAAGACAAGAAUUUGAUUUGGAGAACAAAUUCAAGCCUUUUCGGGUUGAGAUAAUAGACUCUGUGGAAGUCUAUCUCAAUCUUCUACGGACUAUCUUUGACUUCAGUGCCAUCAGAGGCUUGCUAACAGGGCCAAAUCAGCUUAAGAUCAGAAUUGAUGCCAUGAAUGGAGUAAUGGGUCCUUAUGUCCGGAGAAUCCUGUGCGAUGAAUUAGGAGCCCCUGCAAAUUCUGCAGUUGACUGUGUUCCUUUGGAAGAUUUUGGUGGCCAGUAUCCUGAUCCAAAUCUGACAUACGCAACUUCUUUGCUGGAAGCAAUGAAAGGAGGGGAGUAUGGAUUUGGAGCUGCUUUUGAUGCUGAUGGAGACCGCUAUAUGAUCCUAGGUCAAAAUGGAUUUUUUGUGAACCCUUCUGAUUCAUUGGCCAUUAUUGCUGCCAAUCUCUCUUGCAUUCCAUAUUUCCGUCAGAUGGCUGUGCGAGGCUUUGGUAGGAGUAUGCCUACUAGCACUGCAUUGGACAGGGUGGCAAAAUCCAUGAAAGUCCCUGUGUAUGAAACACCAGCAGGGUGGAGGUUCUUCUCAAAUCUGAUGGAUUCUGGUCGAUGCUCACUUUGUGGAGAAGAAAGCUUUGGCACUGGAUCUGACCACAUUCGAGAGAAGGAUGGUCUUUGGGCUGUUCUCAUUUGGCUAUCAAUAAUGGCAGCUCGAAAGCAGAGUGUGGAAGAGAUAGUCAGAGAACACUGGACGAAAUUUGGCCGUCACUAUUAUUGCAGAUUUGAUUAUGAAGCCCUGGACCCUAGAACAGCUUAUUUCAUCAUGAGAGAUCUGGAGGCUUUGAUCACUGACAAGUCUUUUAGUAACCAACAGUUUGCUGUUGGAAAUAAUGUCUACAGUGUGCAAAAAGCAACCAUCUUUGAAUAUGUGGAUCCCGUAGAUGGCACUGUGAGCAAAAAACAGGGGCUGCGAAUAUUAUUCUCUGAUGCAUCUAGACUCAUCUUCAGAUUAAGUGCAUCUAGUCACGUGCGAGCCACUCUUAGGAUCUAUGCAGAAAGCUAUGAAAAGGACCCCAACAAACAUGAGAAGGAACCACAAGCUGUACUGAGUCCUCUCAUAGCAAUUGCACUGAAAAUAUCUCAGAUUCAUGAGAGGACAGGUCGAAAGGGUCCUACUGUCAUCACCUGAACCAAGGAAGGAUUACUAAACCAGGGCCAAAUUUGAGAGGGCAAGAAGAAGGAAGACCUUGCCCAAACACAUUAGCUGUUUGUGCCUUAUGUUACUCUUAAGGGUUUAAGGGCAAUGGGGGAGGGAGGGGGGACAAACUUCAGUGCUGUUCAUAAUUUGUUUUCAUAGAUCUACUAAGACAGCAGUGCACUUAGUUCUGUACUAUGGCUUCAGUGUCUUCUAAUCAAAAAUAGCAAGAGAAAGCUUCUUUUAUGUCAAGAUCCAGGCAUUACAAAAUAUCAUCAUGACAGAAAAGAUUGUUAUGUUCUGCCUUCACAAAGAAGUAUAUUACUUACUGCUCUGGUUGGACUUCAUUGCUGUGCACAGGUUCUUGGUGUUUGUAUUUUGAAAACCCUUAGUUAUAAUUUAAAACAGAACUCUUCUUAUGGUAGCCAAGGUAAGUUUGAAAAUGUGAGGCAAUGUUUUCAAUAGAAAGGCUCAGUUCCCCAUGUUUUCUAAGCCCAUCUUUUGACAGUGAUGGGCUAAACCAUGAUUUUAAACUAGAGUAUAACAGGGCUCUUGCUUACUCUAGCAAUUCUGGAAGGUUCAGCUGCAGAGAGAGGACUUAGACUGCCCAAGCUGACAAGAUGUUUUCCCUUGACAUGAUAUGCCACACAAGGCACAGAGUCAAAGCAUUGUGGCUGUUGAUCUACAGAAAUGGCAUGAGUGAAAAUUCUAAUAGGGCCUGAUUCACUACAUGUUUACAUUGGAGUAAAUCCCUCUAAGUUCAAUAGGAUAUACUCCCAUGUAUCGUAGUACUGCAACUUUACAGUGAGAUGUUGUGUAACAGAUUAUUGUUUCCAAAGCAUACUGGCAUCCGCCAAUCCCAGUCUCCCAGUUCCAAGAAUAACAAGUGCUGUUUUACGCACCAGCUGAAGCCUGGAAUCUGUUACAUUCAUUCACAUUUUAUGUAAGUGAAACCUCUGAAUGUAAAAAGGUGGAGAAACACAGCUCUUUGGCAAUCAGCUUUCAUUUUCUGCUCGUCUGUGUAUUAUUCACAAAUGCCCACUCACCAGCACAAAUGUUCUGUGCAUGUAAUUUACAUGCUUACACUGAACAAAUUCAGUGGCCCUUUCCCAUCUAACUCUCUUCUAAACCUUUCUCCAUUUAAAUUUGACAGCAAUUUUAAGGGAGAUACCUGUUUAACAUUACUAAAUAAUGCUGGAGGAGUUUUCUUGCUUUUAAUAUUUAGCUACUGCAGUCGCCAGGGGAAAAUCCAUGUUUUUCAUUACAUUUUACUGAUUUUACAAAGGAAACUACUGGAUUAGCUCACCCCUCCUUUUUUGUUUUUGUUUAAGUAAAUGAGUACUCUGUAGGCCAACCUACACAUUCUUCAAAUCAUUCAUGCAUGAUUGAAUUAAUUAGUUCAUUGAUAGCACAUGCAGCCCCAAUUGAGAUAGGUGUUUUGGUGCUCCAGGAAGGUAGGAUUUAGGUUCCUCCCUUCUAUUUUCAUUCUGAAAUUCCACCCCAAUUCCAUUUUAAGCCUGAAAAAAAAUUGCAUUGGAAUCAAUGUUAUGCAUGAUUUAAAUAAUACGUAGUUCAGCCCUGAGAACAGUGUAUAGGUCACUUUAAGCUGUGGAAUUGUUGCAGAGUUGUUUAGAAUACAGCAGUAGUUGGGUUCUUUCUUGAAUAACUUAAAAGUGGAAAGACACUGGAAAAGGUGAAUCCAUCAGAUGAAACAAUACCAAAGUGCAUUGCACUUGUCAUUUUUUCCAUAACUAGUUAAACUUCUUGGAAAACAGGAUUGAUACCAUUAUAAGUAUUAAAAUUAUCAGCUAUGUUUUCCAAGUAGUUUUCUUUUACUAGAGUGUAAUGCAGUGCACUGGAGUGUUGUGUUGUGGGUGUUUUGACUAGAAGAGGUUGAGAGGGAGAUUGCCUGAAAUAAAACAUCACCUUUGUUGCCUGUGGAACUGUAAUAAAUUGAGUGAAGUUUUAGAAGUACUUCUCUAAUUCCUUUAGCUCUCUGAAAGCCUACCAAAUGUUUUAUUAGAAGGUCAUAUGAUGAGUCAUCAGGGAACAGAUGGAGGAGAGAAAGGAUUGCUCAGUGAAUACUUGGGUACACCAAAUGGUUCGUGUGCCUGUGAAAGAAUAAUAUGGUUCCAACUCUGGCACACAACACCAAAAUGAUAAGAACUCCUUGUGCAUGUGACUCAUUUGAAUGUGUUUCUUUGGGAACAGAUGUGUGGCUGCUUGUCAUUCAUUGAGAUGGCUUUUGUGCAAUAUGACCUUUUUGUAGCCUAGUAACGUUCAUCACAACGGUCAAAUGUUCUUUUCAAUGCACUCUUGAGUGCUCUUGUGCUUUAAGAAACUGAUUUGGUUUCCUUUGAUAUUUGUCAGAACUUGCUAUGAGAUAUAAUAAAGUGCAAUGCCUUACUUCUGCCUUGCAUGAAAUUGCUGAUGAUAUGACAAGGCUUGUCCUCAUAUAACAGACUUCUUUUUAGCUGUGUCUAAGUAAAUGAGGCACUGAGUGUUUCCUCACUUCUAGAAUCACAGUGUUUUAUUGCAGUAUUAUUAAACAUCUUUUUUGUAAAUCAAAA